GCUUAUAAUACCAAUUUGCAUUUGAACAUGCCACUCUUCUUUAUCACUACAAUCCUCUGCUCCUUGCUGAGUUUAACAAUUGGAGAUUGCACUCUUUUUCCAAAUCAAAACCUUGUUAUUGGCCACACUUUGAUCUCUCAAAACCAUGUUUUCGAAACCGGCUUUUUUUCACCUGGAAAAUCAUUGAAUAGAUUCUUGGGAAUAUGGUUCAAGAACACACCAGAUGUUGUAGUGUGGGUUGCCAACAGAAACCAUCCCAUCACUGCCUCAGAAUCACCAGUUUUGAUGAUUUCUGAAAAUGCAAGUCUUGUUAUAAGCAGUGGCAGAAGCAUCAUCUGGUUGGCUAAUUCAUCAAGGGUGGCCUCAAAUCCAGUUUUACACCUCCUGGAUUCGGGAAACUUGGUUCUUGUAGACGACACGAGCAAAACAACAGAAGAGUACUUAUGGCAGAGUUUUGAUUAUCCAACAGACACCUUGAUGCCAGGAAUGGCGAUGGUGGACGAUAUUGACACUGGUGUCGAAAAGUAUUUGACGUCAUGGACAAGUCCGGAUGAUCCUUCUCCCGGUGAGUUUGUUCAUAAGAUCCGAAACCAAGGCUUGGCUGAAGUGCUGACUAUGAGAGGAGGCGGAAGAAUAAGAUACCGAGUCGGACUGUGGAAUGGGAUGUAUUUUUGCGGUGGCACACGCUUUCCCAAUUCCGUUUACAAACCAGACUUGGUUUUCAAACAAGAGAGGCUGAUAUCCAUAGGAGAGCCCUACCAGAACUCCAUUCCAGUGAGAACUACAUUGGAUACAUCUGGUUCACUCCAGCGCCAUACGAUGAAUGCCGGAAGAGACAAAUGGAAUCAUGUCAUCUCAUUUCCUCAAGAUACGUGCGAUGAAUAUGCUAGCUGUGGUCCUAACUUUCCGUUCAUCACUAAUGGAGACAUCGGAUGCUUGAUGUGGUUUGGUGAUCUCAUUGAUACCAAACAACUUACUGCAGCAGAUAGCAAGCAAAACAUGUAUAUCCGUGUGCCGGCUUUUGAACUAGAGUUUAACAAGGGUUUAGAGGAGGUGAAGGAGAAGAAAUGGCCUAAGAAGUUAAUACUGAUAUCAAUUGCUUCUGGUGCUCUCGUCUCAGCCUUUAUUAAUGGAGGUCUACAUUUGAUGGCAAGGCGAAAGAGGCUAGUAAAAAGCAACGACGAGGAUUUGGAAUUGCCUGUGAUCAAUAUGGCAACUAUUGUGAAAGCAACAAAUAAUUUCUCAACGGAAAACAAGAUUGGAGCAGGAGGUUUUGGUACUGUUUACAAGGGGAACAUGCCAUCAGGAGAAGAAGUCGCGGUUAAAAGAUUGUCAAAAUCUUCAACACAGGGCCUUGAAGAGUUCAGAAAUGAAGUUAUGGUGAUUGCAAAACUUCAACAUAGAAAUCUUGUCAGGCUAUUAGGAUGUUGCAUUGAAGAAGAGGAAAGGAUGGUAAUCUAUGAAUACCUACAGAAUAAAAGCCUUGAUCUUUUUGUUUUUGAUUACAAUAGCAGAACACUUUUGACAUGGCCUAAGCGUUAUGACAUUAUCAUGGGAAUCGCAAGGGGAUUGCUAUAUCUCCACCACGAUUCCAGAUUAAAGAUUAUACACAGGUAUCUCAAAAUGAACAACAUUUUACUAGAUGGAAAUUUAACUCCAAAAAUUUCAGAUUUCGGCUUAGCUAGAAUUUUUGAAGAGGAUCAGGCGCUUGCUAGAACAAAAAGAGUUGUCGGGACAUAUGGCUAUAUGGCACCGGAGUAUGCUAUUGAUGGGAAAUACUCGGUGAAAUCUGACAUCUUUAGUCUUGGAGUGGUUUUGUUGGAGAUAAUCAGCGGAAAAAAGAACAGAGGAUAUGGAGACUCCGAUUACUUUGUUAACCUCUUGGGCCAUGCAUGGAUACUAUGGAAAGAAAACAAGAUUUUGGAGUUGAUGGAUGAGUGUUUGAAUGAUACAUUUAAGGAGUGUGAAGUGAAGAGAUGCAUGCAAGUGGGGUUAUUAUGCGUUCAGAAAUUCGCAGAUGAUAGGCCAAACAUGUCGUCCGUUGUUUCAAUGUUAGGAAGUGAUGGAGCAGUUUUGCCCGAACCAAAAGAACCCGGGUUUUUUAUGGAAAGAAGUUGCAGUCCUGCGAGAAGUAGUACAUCACGACGUAUUGUGUCAGAGAACGAUACAAUCACCAUUACAGACUUGGAGGCUGUUUUGGUUCGGGGCAAAACUGCUCCAUCACUUGCCAACAUCGAAAACACUGAAGGCAUGAGUCAUAAGCAUAACUAUUUCCAUAACAUGGCAUACUUGUUUUUCACAACAUUUAUCUUCUCUCUGCGUUUAGCAGUUGGAGCCGCUGAUGGCUGCACUCUUUUUCCAAAUCAACCACUUGUUAUUGGCCAGACUUUGAUAUCUCAAAACCAAGUUUUCGAAACGGGCUUUUUCUGCCCGGGGAAAUCUUCUAAUAGAUUCUUGGGAAUAUGGUACAAGAGCACACCAGAUGUUGUCGUCUGGGUCGCAAACAGAAACCAUCCCAUCAUCACUGCUUUACAUGAUGCAGCUUUGAUGCUUUCCCGAAACGGAAGUCUUGUCAUAAGCAGUGGCAAAAGCAUUAUCUGGUCCUCAACUUCAUCAGAGGAUGCAACAUAUCCAAUUUUGCAGCUCUUGGAUUCCGGAAACUUGGUUGUUUUAGACGGCAAGAGCGUUCUAUGGCAGAGUUUCGAUCAUCCAACCAACACCAUGUUGCCAGGAAUGAAACUAGUCGAUGAUAAUGAAGCCGGUGUGGAAACAUAUUUGACAUCAUGGAGAGGUCCGGAUGAUCCUUCUCCCGGUGAUUUUGUUCUCAAGAUCCGAAACCGGGGAUUGGCUGAGGUGGUGAUUCUGAGAGGGGCAGCCAAAAUAUACAGAUUUGGUCAGUGGAAUGGGAAAUAUUAUGGUGGUGCUAUGCACUUUCCGAAUAGCAUUUACGAGCCAGAGAUGGUUUUCAGAGAGGGGAGGUUGAUAUCCGUUGGAGACCCCUACCAGACCUCACUUCUCACAAGAAGCAUUCUAGAUACAUCUGGUUCACUCGUGCGCCUUACCAUGAAUCUCAGAAAAGACAAGUGGAACCCUGCCACCAUGUUUCCUCUCGAUAAAUGCGAUGAGUAUGCUAGUUGUGGUCCUAACAGUAUCUGCAGACCUGACAAGCCAAUUAGAUGUGAGUGUUUAAAGGGAUUUGCUCCAAAAUUCCACAAUGAUUGGGACGUCCAAGAUUGGUCGGGUGGGUGCAAUAGGACUAAACCAUUGAAUGGCAAAGAUGGAGAUGGAUUUCUGCAGGUGAGAGGGGUCAAGUAUCCUUAUAUGUUGAGGUUUUGGUUGAAUACAACGAUGACCCUUGCUGAGUGCGAAGCUAAGUGCUUUGAAAACACUAGUUGCACCGCAUUUGCUAAUCCAUUCAUCACCAAUGGAGGCAGUGGCUGCUUGAUGUGGUUCGGUGAUCUCAUGGAUGCCAAACAAAUUUCAACCCCUGAUGCUAACCAAAACAUCUAUAUCCGUCAGCCACUUUCUGAACUAGAUUAUAACGUGGGUUUUCAGGCAGCCAAGGAGAAGGAAAACAAAAGGCCUACAAAGUUAAUACUAAUAUCAAUUGCUUUCGGUGUUCUCAUCUCAGCCAUUAUCAAUGGAGGUGUACUUUUUGUGGUGAAACGAAAAAAGCACGCAGUAAGAAUGAAUGAUGAGGAUUUAGAAUUACCUGUGAUCAAAAUGGAAACUAUUGUGCAAGCAACUAGUAAUUUCUCAAAGGAAAACAUGAUUGGAGCUGGAGGUUUUGGUCUUGUUUAUAAGGGGAACAUGCCAUCAGGAGAAAAAAUAGCAGUCAAAAGGUUGUCGAGAUCUUCGCGACAGGGUCUUGAAGAGUUCAGGAAUGAAGUUACAGUGAUUGCAAAACUUCAACAUAGAAACCUUGUAAGACUAUUGGGAUGUUGCAUUGAAGAAGAAGAAGAAAGGAUGCUAAUCUACGAAUAUCUGCAGAAUAAGAGUCUUGAUCUUUUUACUUUUGAUCACAGUGGGAGAACACUAUUGACAUGGCCUAAGCGUUAUGAUAUUAUCAUGGGAAUUGCAAGGGGACUUCUAUAUCUUCAUCACGAUUCCAGAUUAAGGAUUAUUCAUAGGGAUCUCAAAACAAGCAAUAUAUUACUAGAUGAACAUUUAAGACCAAAAAUAUCAGAUUUUGGCUUAGCAAGGAUAUUUGAAGAAGAUCAAUCCCUUGCGAAAACAAGAAGAGUUAUCGGAACAUAUGGAUACAUGGCUCCGGAAUAUGCAAUGGAUGGGAAAUUUUCAGUGAAAUCCGACAUCUUUAGUCUUGGAGUGGUCGUGCUGGAAAUAAUAAGUGGAAAAAGGAACAGAGGAUAUGCAGACUCGGAUCACUAUCUUAACCUCCUGGGCCAUGCAUGGUUGCUAUGGAAAGAAAAGAGGAUCAUGGAUUUGAUGGAUAAGUGUUUGAAUGAUACAUUUAAGGAGUGUGAAGUGAAGAGAUGCAUGCAAGUGGGGUUAUUGUGUGUUCAGAAAUUUGCGGAGGAUAGGCCAGUCAUGUCGUCUGUGGUUUCAAUGUUAGGAAGUGAUGGAGCAGUUUUGGCGGAACCAAAAGAGCCUGGAUUUUUCAUGGAAAGAAGUUGCAGCACAUCACCAUAUAUUGAGUCAGAGAAUGAAACAAUCACUAUUACUGACUUGGAGGCCAGAUGAGAGCAUUUUGAAACCAAAAGAUUCUGGAUUUUUUAUUGAAGAAGUUCAAGGAUUUGUUGAGUGAGGGAAUGAAAGUAUGAAACAAUCACCAUUACUGAGUUGGAGGCCAGAUGAACACAUUCUGCAAAUUUGUAUGUAAAGAAAGUUUAUAAGAAAGUGUCGACUGAUCUUUUUGAAUGUUACUUGUAGCGCCUUGGCCAGUCCA